GGGAGUUGCGUCUCUCGUCGCGAGAAUAAAAAUCCUCUCCCCCUUCCGAGCUCUUCCCAACUCAACUCCUUCCUCUUCACCUUGGCAGCCGCCCACGCUGCCCACCGAGAGAGAGAGAGCGAGACGAGAUCUCCCACUUCUAAGCUGGGAGAAUAAUGGCAGCUUCAUCAGUAUGCCUGACUACAAAACCAAGAUUUACCAAGGAGAUUUUUGGAAAUCAUCUGACUUAUUCAGCAGGCCUUCCUUCACUCUCUGUUUUGUCUCGGCCAAUCUCUGUUUCUGCCUCUUUGGACCAGAAGCAGCAUGAAGGAAGAAGAGGAUUUCUUAAAUUGCUCCUUGGAAAUAUUGGAUUAAGCUUGCCGACCAUAGUGGGUGCAAGGAAAGCUUACGCUGAUGAUCAAGGUGUAUCAUCUUCAAGAAUGUCAUAUUCAAGAUUCUUAGAGUAUCUAGACAAGGAUAGGGUGAAGAAAGUUGACUUGUUUGAGAAUGGAACCAUAGCUAUAGUGGAAGCUGUUUCUCCUGAGCUUGGCAACCGGAUCCAGAGAGUCCGUGUGCAACUUCCCGGUCUUAGUCAGGAGCUUCUUCAGAAGUUGAGAGAGAAGAAUAUUGAUUUUGCUGCACAUAAUGCUCAAGAAGACUCCGGAUCUCUUUUGUUCAAUUUGAUUGGAAACUUGGCAUUCCCCCUUAUCCUAAUAGGAGGUUUGUUUCUUUUGUCGAGACGGUCAUCUGGUGGGCUUGGUGGACCUGGAGGCCCUGGCUUUCCACUUGCCUUCGGUCAAUCAAGAGCCAAGUUCCAGAUGGAACCUAAUACGGGGGUCACUUUUGAUGAUGUUGCUGGAGUAGAUGAAGCAAAACAGGACUUUAUGGAAGUAGUUGAGUUCCUGAAAAAGCCCGAGAGAUUCACUGCAGUGGGAGCCCGUAUUCCUAAAGGUGUCCUUCUAAUAGGUCCUCCAGGAACUGGAAAGACUCUGCUUGCCAAGGCAAUUGCUGGUGAAGCAGGUGUCCCAUUUUUCUCAAUUUCAGGAUCUGAAUUUGUAGAAAUGUUUGUUGGUGUCGGUGCUUCACGAGUUCGUGACCUUUUCAAGAAGGCCAAAGAGAAUGCUCCUUGUAUUGUGUUUGUUGAUGAGAUUGAUGCCGUUGGUAGGCAAAGAGGAACAGGAAUUGGAGGAGGAAAUGAUGAAAGAGAACAGACUCUCAAUCAGCUUUUGACUGAAAUGGAUGGCUUUGAAGGAAAUACUGGUAUAAUUGUCAUUGCAGCGACCAACCGUGCAGACAUUCUGGAUUCUGCUUUACUUCGGCCUGGUCGAUUUGACAGACAGGUUACGGUAGAUGUUCCAGAUGUUCGGGGACGUACAGAAAUCCUGAAGGUUCACGGCAGCAAUAAAAAAUUUGAGGCUGAUGUUUCACUUGAUGUUAUAGCAAUGAGAACUCCUGGUUUCAGUGGAGCAGAUCUUGCAAAUCUUUUGAAUGAAGCAGCCAUCCUGGCUGGCCGUCGUGGUAAACCGGCAAUAUCAUCGAAAGACAUAGAUGAUUCUAUUGACAGGAUUGUGGCUGGCAUGGAAGGAACCAUAAUGACAGAUGGUAAAAGCAAAAGUCUGGUUGCAUAUCAUGAAGUCGGACAUGCAAUUUGCGGAACAUUAACUCCAGGACAUGAUCCUGUGCAAAAGGUCACCCUCGUUCCACGUGGCCAGGCACGUGGACUGACAUGGUUCAUCCCCAUGGAUGAUCCUACUUUGAUUUCAAAGCAACAGCUUUUUGCAAGAAUUGUUGGUGGUCUUGGAGGAAGAGCGGCUGAGGAGGUUAUCUUUGGGGAAUCUGAGGUGACCACUGGUGCAGCUGGUGACCUACAGCAGAUCACUGGCUUGGCCAAACAGAUGGUGGUGACAUUCGGUAUGUCUGAGAUUGGUCCAUGGUCGCUUAUGGAUUCAGGAGCACAAAGUGGUGAUGUUAUCAUGAGAAUGAUGGCCAGAAACUCAAUGUCCGAGAAACUUGCUGAAGACAUCGAUGCUGCUGUGAAGCGGAUCUCAGACAGCGCAUACGAGAUUGCACUCAGUCAUAUUAGGAACAAUCGGGAAGCCAUUGAUAAGAUCGUCGAGGUGCUACUAGAGAAGGAAACGAUGACCGGCGAUGAAUUCCGAGCAAUUCUUUCCGAGUUUGUGGAGAUCCCUGUGGAGAACAGGGUUCCUGCGGCCACACCAGCUGCCGUCUCGGCUUAAUUUGCUACGUCAAAGAUAAACUUCUUGUCAUUAACCAUUUAACAAAGACUAUAUCUCAAUCUUUGUGUAAAACCCUUUUGAGGGUGAUCAUGUGAGAUACAAUCUGUGUAAUAUCUUGUUAGUCUAUAGCAAGUGUAAUGAAAUUUAUGAUCUCAAUAAACUGUAAAAGCAAGAUAAUUUUUGAACUUAAUGUGACACAUUCAAACA